CCCAAGCCUUGCUCUCGAGUCUUGGGUUUUAACCAGCUUCAAGUCUUAUUAGUUGUGUUGUAUCUCUCCUCACCCCCCCUCACUCAAUCGACCACCAAGAUAUCGGCACGAUAGAUCCUUCUCCUUGACAAACCAAAAGACUCGCGCAUCUCACAACCAUCUCCUCUCUUUGGACCUGGUUGGUCGACCAAUUCGCUCCGAUCUCAUUUACACAUUAUACGGUCCCAGCUAGCUCGGCGAAUAUCUUUUUCAUAUUGACGCAGGAUGGCAACAAUCAAGACCAGCGUCGCAGAGAACGCGAGAGCGAUGUACGAGGAAGCGAGCAAGCAGGCGGCGAUAUUAUACACGCGACUACCGCCGUCGCUACAAGAGACUUUGGAUCGAAUACAGACCCAAGUCAGCGAGUCGCCGUACAUGACGCGCAGCAACUUGCAGUUUGGGAUGCGGAUCGUCGUCGUCCUGCUCACCUUCCUGCUGUUCCGGCCACACCUGGAAACCUUGUACCGGAAACUCACCAACAAUCCGGACCCGCGCACCGUCGAGCUGCAGAACCGUCUGCGCUUUCUCCAGGACCUCAAGGAAGGCAAGAUCACGCCACAGGGUGGUGUCCAGGUCGUCGAUGGCAAAGUUGUCCUAAAACCCCAUCCUCCCCCGACUGCCCAGGGUAUUAAGAACGCAAAGUCCGGGAAAGGCAAGGUUGUCAAGUUGAUGGUUCCCGGCGACAACGAGUCUCCAUCUGCCUCUGGCGCGCAAACUUCCUCAACAACGGCGACACCAACACCAGCAAAGUCGAGGAGAAGAAAGGCUUGAUUGUGUAUAAACCAUAAACAGUUUCUCUACCUGUUCAAAUUUACUUGUCAAAAGUUCCCACACUGUGAAAACAAAACACAAAUUGAAUAGAUUAAUUCUAAACAUCUUCAUGCUUCA